CUUUUAAGCAUAAAUAGAUGCAGUCUCAUACAUGAACGUCCCUAAAAAAAGAUUCCAGAAAAGCUUAAAAGUUCUCUCUUUUUUCUCUCUUAAUCAAUGGAUCUUUUCAUGGCAAUAUCGUUAUUAUUUCUUUGCUUCAUUUUCUUCAUUUACAAGUCAUAUUUACAAAAGAGGAACCAAAACUGCUAUCUUUUAGGGUACGAGUGCUACAAAGCUCCAGAUGACCUGAAACUCGAUACCGAAACUUGUGGGAAACUCAUUUUGAGGAACAAAAACCUGGGUUCAGACCAAUACAAGUUCUUGCUUCGGACAAUGGUUAAUGCUGGCAUCGGUGAAGAAACUUACGGCCCAAGAAACGUCAUUGAUGGCACUGAAGAAACCCCGAAUCUUUCUGGUUCGCUUUCGGAGGUCGACGAUAUCGUCUUCGGAACCCUCGAUAAACUCUUUGAUAACAACGGAGUUUCCCCUUCGGAAAUCGAUAUCCUCGUGAUCACUAUCUCGAUGAUUACUUCGGUUCCGUCGUUGCCGGCUCGGGUUAUUAACCGAUACAAGAUGAGGGAUGAUGUUAAAGUGUUUAAUCUCUCGGGAAUGGGGUGCAGUGCUAGUGUUAUUGCGGUCGACCUCGUACAUCAUUUGUUCAAAACGUAUACGAACUCCUUUGCAGUGAUUGUUAGCUCGGAAUCUUUGAUUCCGAAUUGGUAUCGCGGCAACGAAAGAUCGAUGAUGCUUCCCAAUAUUUUGUUCAGAUUGGGAGGGUGUUCGUUGUUGUUGACGAAUAAAAGCUCGAUGAAACAUAAAUCUUUGAUGAAAUUAAAGCUUUCUGUUCGUUUCCAUGGUGGAGCAAGCGACGAAGCUUAUCAAAGUUGCACCAGGGUCGAAGAUUCCCAAGGCUACUGCGGUUUUUCACUUUCGAAAAGCCUGCCACAAGCCGCUGCGAAAGCCGUAACAAUGAAUUUCCGAGUCUUACUCCCGAAGACGCUACCGUUAGGCGAACUUGUUCGGUACGCGACGGUUUCGUUCUUACACUCGAAAAUGAAUAACAACAAGGGCAAAACUCCAAGCUUGAAUAUGGAAUCCGGGUUUCAACAUUUCUGUAUUCAUCCUGGUGGAAGGGCAGUGAUUGAUGCAAUGGGACGAAGUCUAGGGCUAAACGAAUACGACCUGGAACCGACUCGGAUGGCACUUCAUCGGUUCGGGAACACGUCCGCGGCCGGAAUAUGGUAUGUUUUAAGUUACAUGGAAGCUAAGAAGAGGCUUAAGAAAGGUGAUAGGAUAUUGAUGAUCAGUCUUGGAGCAGGUUUUAAAUGUAAUAAUUGUGUAUGGGAAGUCAUGAAGGACGCCAUGGAUGAUGUUAACGUGUGGAAAGAUUGUAUCAGUCGAUAUCCUGUGAAAUCUACUGCCAAUACGUCGUUCUUGGAGAAGUACAGUUGGGUCAAUGAACUCGAACUCCAACCCGAACUGAACAAAAAAAUAGACAAAAUCAAAAAUUGAGUCGAAUUAUUUUUCAAUAGUUUUACUAUAGGUUUUAUCAUUAAAAAUAUUUUAAAAUUGAAUUGAAUUAUUUUGUUUAUGAUUA